AUGCACACAUACCCACUCAUGUCUACUAUGACAGCUGUACAGGAUAGAUCAGAUGGUAUGGUUGCUGGUGCUUCUUCGACAAAUAACAGUAACCAGCAUGUGACUCUGCCACCAAUUUCAUCCUUCGAUUCCUUAAUUAGAGCUGCUGAAAAUCAAUACCCCCAAGAUCCAUCAGUUCUCUCUUAUCAACUUUCAACGGUGCCACGUAUUGUUACUCAGCGAGCUCCUAGUAACACAUCUACAACGGGAACAAGUUCCGGUUCAGGUUCCGGUUCAGGAACAGGCACUUCAACCACAACGCCUGCUCUUUCACCCGGCUCCAGUGGCUCCCUUUCACCCACAACGGCCUCGUCACUAGAAACAUCUCUCUCCCCAGUUUUUCAAGGGUCUCAGAUUCGAAGUGGUUCUGCUAAAAUCCAUAAACCACGCAAGAAGAAGGAAUGUCCAAUUUGUCACAACCUUUACGCCAAUCUGUCAACGCACAAGUCUACACAUUUAACGCCUGAAAAUAGACCCCACAAAUGUCCGAUUUGUCAAAGAGGAUUUGCCCGUAAUAACGAUCUGAUUCGUCAUAAGAAGCGUCAUUGGAAGGAUGAAAUCGUGCAAAUUAAUUCGCACUCGAAUUCAUCGUCUUUUAUGUCAAGCGACAGUUCAAGUUCGGUCGAAAAUGGCACGAUCCAACACCAUCGUCUAGAUGAGCGUGACCAAUUACGAUCACUGCAUCAAAUUAAGGGGACUUUUAAAUGCCCAUUCAACUCAUCAUUAAUCCAACUAGAUAUGGAAAUUUAUCCAUAUAAAUCAAAACCACUGAAUUUCGAAACUUCAAACUGUCAUCAGACCGGAGUUUUCAGCCGUUGUGACACUUUUAAAAAUCAUCUAAAAGCUUUACAUUUUGAAUAUCCGCCAGGGACGAAGAAAAGGGAUAGAUCUGUUGUUCCUGGCAGAUGCAAGCAUUGCGGGUUGAGAUUUGCCAAUGUCGACCUCUGGUUAAAUGAACAUAUCGGUAAAACCUGCGGUUAUUUAUAUCAUUAA